GCGAAAGACGAGCGACGAGCAGAGCAAGGGCAAGCCGGAAAGCAGCGCGUACGUGCGGAAGAGUGGCAGUGUAUGUCGGCGUAGAGCGAACGAGCGAGCGAGCGAGCGAACGAACUAGGCGAGAGCGUGUGCGGUGGUGUGUGGUGGUGGUUGGCGAUUGGUGUGUGCCGUAGACAGACGGACGGACGGACGGUCGGUCGGUCGGUCGGUCGUUCGUUCGGUCGGUCGGUCGUUCGGUCGGUCGGUUGGCGGUCGGGCCGUGAUUGUGUGGAAGGAAAAAACCGAAGAGAAAGUGCAAAAUUUGCAGUGCACUGUGCUGGCUACGGUGUGAAAGAAGAAUAGUUCGGUUUUUGUGUGGGGUCUGAAGAGGGAGAUUAUCGUCAUCGCGCCGUCAUAUCUAAGGGGUCUCGCGCGCGCCUACGCGUGUUAGUAGUAUCGAGGGAUUUCCCAUUUUUUCCUUCGUGUAUAUUUUAUCUCUUCUUUAUCUCAUUCUCUGAUUGCCGGGGACCCAUCGAUUUCAACACGUCAAAGGACGUACGACGCGUGAAAAUCUAACCAAAAGAAGGGAACGUGUUACGAGAAGAGCAAUGUCCGAUCGGGAGAGCCUGGACGAUCAACCGCAAAAAUAUGGGAAUCCAGGUGGAUUGGAUGCUGGAGGUGCUGACUUUGAUUCCGGUCAGCAAGGCCAGCAGAGCGAGCAGGAACUGGCGACGAAAAUGUUGCAAAUUCAAAGUAAAAGAUUCUACCUUGACGUAAAACAAAACAGACGUGGGAGAUUUAUCAAAGUUGCCGAGAUUGGAGCGGAUGGGAGAAGAAGCCAAAUUUACCUGGCACUCAGUACAGCAUCCGAAUUUCGGGACCAUCUGUCGACAUUUAGCGAUUUUUACGCAUCUUUAGGUCCACCAAAUCCGGAAAAUGUGCCAGACGAUGGAAAACUCAAAUCAGAAAUGAUGGUGAAGGAUAAUAGACGAUAUUACUUGGACCUCAAGGAGAAUUCUCGCGGCCGUUUCCUGCGGGUGAGUCACCCUGUGUCGCAAACGAUAACACGAGGUGGACCUAGGACUCAGAUUGCAAUACCAGCACAAGGUAUGAUAGAAUUUCGUGACGCAUUAACGGAUCUUCUUGAGGAAUUUGGGACGGAUGAUGGUGGCUUCAAAGGUGAUUUACCAGAAGGUCGUUACAUGCGCGUGGAUAGCAAGAAUUUCUAUUUUGAUAUCGGCCAGAACAAUCGUGGCAUCUAUAUGAGAAUUUCUGAGGUGAAGACGAACUUUAGGACAGCCAUCACCGUACCAGAAAAAUCCUGGGCACGUUUCCGUGAUAUCUUUGCAGAUUAUUGCGAGAAAAUGAAAGAAGGUGGCGGUGGUGUCAGCAGCAGCAGCAGCGGUGGCGGAGGAGGAAAUGUAUUGUCUGAGGGAAAAGGCUCGGUGGUGGCACAGGUACCAUCGCCAUCCUCGAAUACGCAGCCUAAUCCCAAUCCAAAUUUAGACUCUCCCUUAAUCAAGUGAAAAAGGCUUUAACUUAACUCGAACAUUUGGGAAUUAUAACUCGUAAACUCGUUUUCAAGUCAUUAAGCGAAGUAACGAAACUUGUCAGAGUCUAUGCCAUCGUCGUCAUCGUCAUUAUUCAUCGGCUAUGACAUCGACAUGGUCAUCAGAAUUAUCAUCGGUAUAAUCAUUGUUACAUCGAGACCAUUUAUCGUCAUCGUCACCUCACCUGAGAUAAUGUCACCAUCGCCAGGUCAUUAUCAUCAUCAACACACAUCGUCAUACUUGCCAUUAAGCGCGCAAACACCAAAACUCGCCUGAAAUAUGACCAUUAUAUCGCAGAGGGUAUCAACUGAUUGUUGAGUAUAUUCAUAUAAUCGCAGACUUAAUAAAAAGAAAAGAAGAAAACGAAAAACGGAUUUGUGACGUAGUUAUUACGCAUAUUGUUUGCACAUGAAGACGAGAAAAGAUGAAGAAGACGAGAUGAAAAAGGGGUAGAUGAUGAUGACGAUGUGUUUGCGUGUGUAUGCAUGUGCGUGUGUGCGCGUUCGCGCGUACCCGCGCGCGCGUGUGUGUGUGGAGUAUGUGUGUGUACGCGCGCGCGCGCGCAGAGGGAAAAUGAGUCACUGCCGCUCGUGCGACUAACGGGAUAAUACAAAAAAAGAAAAGGACAAAAAAUACGCAACAACGGAAAAUCGAGAGUAUAAUGAUUAUCGAGCGAUAUCUUUUUAGGUGAACUCGAGUUGCCAUCGAUUAACGUUAUGAGUACUACCGUUCAUUUCCUGGCUUUCCAUAGACACAUGAUUUCUUUAGUUUUUCACUAAUUUUUUUCGUACAUCUUUUCAAUCUUUUCAAUCUGGGAUAAUCACAUGCAUUUUGCAUCUCAUAUGUAUAAGUUAAACAAACGAAAAUCUUGAAGGGGAAAUGGACUGUAGUGUAGAUCACGUUACAAUUGAAUUUGAUCGUUCAGAAUUUAUGAAUAAAUAGUUGUUAUAUUAACGAUUAUAUCACGGGUAAAUAAGAAGAAAAACGUGCAGAUUGUCGCGAGGAAAAAAAGGUAAAAAUCAAGAUCUAUUGUAUCUAUGUAGGCAGUAUGUACAUCUCUCGUCGCGCGAUUUUACCGAAAAAAAUCUUGAAGUCGCUGUACUUUUGGUGAAUAUACUUGUCGAAGAAAUGUCGCAAAUUGGAUGUAGAUAAAAUGUUGCUGCAUGCGACUCCAUUAUGUUUGUUCAAGAGUGCGAUUUGUUACUGUGGUAAUAAAUUAUUAAGUUGAACAAAAUGUAUACAUAAAAGAAUAAGGAUGUGA